AUGUCUAGGGCAUCGCAAAGCGGAUAUGAUAGACACAUAACCAUUUUUUCACCUGAAGGAAAGUUAUUCCAAUUAGAAUACGCCUUAAAGGCAGUUAAAAAUUGUAAUCUGACCGGUUUAGCUGUAAAGGAUGACUCCGCUAUAGCUGUGGUCGCUCAAAAAAAAUUGCCGGCACAACAGGGGAAUCAGGAUGUUCUGCUCGAUUCGUCCACCGUAACUAGUCUCUACCAUAUUACGGACGAGUUAUACUGUUUACUUAUUGGCCUGCCAGGCGAUUGUCUGAGUAUUUUAUAUAAGGCCAGGGAGGUGGCCUUUGAAUAUGCCUACAAGUACGGAACCAAUAUACCUGCGAGUGUGCUGUCCCAACACAUCUCCGACGUGAACCAAGUGUAUACACAGCACGCAUACAUGAGGCUCCACGCCUGCACUGGCCUCAUACUGUCAAUUGAGCCCGAUGUUGGACCGCGCAUAUACAAGUUCGACUCGUCUGGAUGGUUUGCGGGAUACAAGGCCUGUGGAAUUGGCGCAAAGGAGCAGGAAUCGGAAAACGCGCUUGAAAAGGCGUUGAAGAAGAGGGACAUAGUGAGUCUACAGGAGGCAGUCAAGUCAAACUUACACGUAAACACUGAGGUGCACCAGCUGGCUCAUGGCCCAGAGACCAAGGUCACGCUGGAGGCUCUCAAGUGUAUGAUUGAGAUUGAGGCCUUCAGCAAGGGCCUCGGCGCAUCCAGCAUUGAAGUCGCAGUGGCCACGAAGGACAACCCAACCUUCAGGCAACUGUCCGAGGAGGAAAUAGAAACGUACCUAACCCACAUAGCUGAGAGUGACUAA